AUGUUUCGCGAUUCCAGAAUAAUUACCAAUUUUUUAGCAUGUAAACCCGACAAGCUGAUGAAACAUGCUCUUUGGGAACACAAUAGGCGCAGAUCGAAACUUGCACUAGGGAAUGUAAGAACGAAAAAUUGGUACAUGUGGAGGGCAGCAUUUAUGAUGGAAUUGAAGGAAAACUGUUUGCUGACAAAGAGGCUAAGAGCGCAAAAGAAGACAUGCAGAUUUGAUGACUUUGAUCGUUCAAUCUUUGGUAUGAGGAACGCACGCAUGGUAAAUGCGUCCAGCAAGCUUGAUGCUCUUGAAAGGGCUAUCUCAAAAUGGUGGAACGAAGUAAAGAAAUAUCCUCGACCGGAGAGCCUCCAAAUUGAAAACUAUCUCAAAAAGCACAAGCAUUUUCUUCCGAUGGCACUUUCAUAUCAAGAAUAUCUAAGCUGUUCCGUCGAUCUGUGCGAUGAUCUCAAAAAGGAGCGUAAAAAGAGAAGAUAUUUCGUGCAGUGCUUCUAUUCGGAGAUGCCGGAGAGAAAUCAUAGCCUUUAUGAGAAAGGGCCAAAGUGCUCAAAACACUGCUUUGGCAACAAGGACGAGUGUGUGGGAGGACUUUGCCGAGUACCUUAUUACCAGUACCAUUCUAAUUUCGUUUAUUGA